CACCAGCAUGGUCAUAGUUGUUUUCCUCAAAAUAACAAGUAGCAAAUCCCUCUUUAAUGUGAUAUAAAUUGAUUUCAGGUAUUAUUCAGUAAUUUUGUGUGUUUUAUUUUAAAUUUUUUAAAAAGAAUACAAGUAUUUUUAGCGAGCCCUUUUUUAAGCGUAUCAUUUUCAACUUAACGUUAGUGAGAGUAGCUUUACUUUACUUUUACUGAAGUUUACUUGGUUUAUUACUGCAGCUCAGUGUGUGUGUUUCGGCAGUGUUGCCACUGUUGGUGUCAACAGAAGAGAAGCUUUUUUACCCACUCUUCAGUAAGAUGAUAUUUUAUGCAAGCCUAGGCCUACUGCCUACUUGUUUAUCCAUAAAUAUUAAAGAGGUCCAAAGUGUCAUAGUCAUUUGCAUCAUUCAUUAUCAUCAUAUUUUAAAUUUUAGAUAUUUAUUUAAUAAAUAAUAUAACAUAGGACUAUCCUAUUUAACUUAUAGUUAGUAAUACGACUGGUAAUCAACAACUUCAGCAUCGGUUAUGACAUGAUAAAAAAAUUUGUUGUUCUGGUUUCAAGUGCUAUUUAAACAGUUAUUAUUCUUUUAUUGAUGUCAGUUAACAGUUGAGAGAGUAACUGGGUAUUUCGGUGGGCGAGUUUUUCGUGGAAUAGAAAGAAAGAACGGGUGCUUUUCUCUUGUAAAAGAAUGAAUAUGAUGUGCGAUCAUGUUUCAGGAGUGUAUAAAUUAUAAAGUAAAGUAGAGAAGAGAGACAUAUCCCUCCAGGCUCACUUCUUAUUGUCAAUAUUGUACCAGACAGAUUGGUGACUUAUAACUUAUACAAUACAAACAUAAACCAGAUCAGAUACAAAUCUAAGUACAUUCCAUUGUUCUUGAAAAAUAUUUUGUCAGUGGAAAUGAGGCUUAGUCUACAAACUGAAGAGACAGUUUGGCACAAGCCACAUCAUUUUUGCAUGAGUUCAUCUUCCAUUUUCGUGGAGAUGAUAUAAACUCAAACUCUGUUUUCGGUAAAUUUGAAGAGAUAGCCCAGCAGCCGCCAUCUUGGUUGCCGCGACCCACAAACCUAUGUCCUAAAUGUAUCCCUAAACCUAACCUCAACCCUAAACCUAACCUGAACCCUAAACUUAUCCCUAACUUGUGUUCUGACCCUAUUGGAACCAGAGACAAAACAUGCAAAUGACGUCAUAAUGCUAUCUCUCCAAAUUGGCCCUGUUUUAUUUUCAUAUAUUAAUUUGUUCAAAUUUUUCUAUUUUAAAAAUGUUGUCAUUAGUAUGUGCUGAAAUGAGUAUGUACAUAAAAAAAAAAAAUCCAUUUAUUUGGAUCAAUAAAAGAAUUUUAUGUUAUCAAUAAAACAAUAACUAUUAAAAUAGCAUCUCCAACUGGAACAACAUGAUUUUUUUCAUAACCGAUUCUCAAGUGGUAGAUUAACAUACUAUUAGUAAAGCAUAUUAAUAAGUAAGUUAAUAAUAAUAAUAACUCAGUUAAGUGACUAAGACUAGCUUUUAAGUGAGUAGAUAUAUAUGGUCAAUGGUAUAAGUAGGCCAAAGCUUAUGCAUAGCAUGUGUUUUAUGGUUACUGUUUGCGCUUUAUCGUUACACCAUGCUAAUAUUAUAAUAAUUUAUUUUGUUGCUUUUUGUCAGUUUGUAAAAUGUUAAAAGUGGCUCAAAGUGGAAUCAUCAUUUUCAGUCAAUCCUUAAAAACUUCAAUUAUCUGUCUAAAAGGUAUCAGGACUGACAUCUUGUUAACAUUUUUAUUUUAGGGGUCAGCCUUUAUAUCAUGCAUUGGGGGGGGGGGGAUCAGUAUUUUGUGAUGAGCUAUGUUGCGUACCCUUGCAAUGUCUUAAAAACUUCAAUUAUCUGUCUAAAAGGUAUCAGGACUGACAUCUUGUUAACAUUUUUAUUUUAGGGGUCAGCCUUUAUAUCAUGCAUUGGGGGGGGGGAUCAGUAUUUUGUGAUGAGCUAUGUUGCGUACCCUUGCAAUGUAUAGAGAAUGUAAUCUCUUAUUUUACUAUAUUAUGGCUCAUGACAAACAGUACAUCACAAAGGAUGAUAACAUUAAUUAAAUACAGUAGAAAAGAACAAUACCCAAACUAGUGCUAUUUAUAAAUUCGAAGUGGUUAUGCGCAGCCGACUGCGUAUAACCCUGAGAGUUAUACGCAGACGGCAAGUCACGUGACAUCUAUAUUCUUCCUGUGUUACAGUUACAGUAUCAAUCAAUAAGGGUGCCUUGAUAUCGGGGUGACUGUGGUCGAAUGGUCUAAACUGACCAAACCUCAAGUUAGUGGUCUUGAGUUCAAUUCCAGUCUACGGCAAGCCAUGAAUACACGUUAGUUGCUAUCUCGAGAAUGAAGCAACAACUAGGCUUAUUUGUUUUACUUUUUUUUUGGCUAAAAAAUGUUAAAACAUGAGAAGAAUUAUUAACUUAACCAAUGUAAUGUUAAUAAUGUUAUUCUUAUAAUUAUAAAAUAUAUGUUUGUGUUGUUAACUAGUUUUGUGGCAGAUAAAAUCAUGUUUCACUGGUACAGUAAAAAAAAUAAUCAUGGGUUGAGAGUAUUAGUAUCAGGAAAAAAAUCGCUGUAGGGGCAGGGGUUCUGUAGAGGGGUCAGUGUAAGUAAUACUUUCACACAGUUAUAGUUUUGCAUGGAAGCUGAAAACUUUUACAUUUAGGUCAUCAAAAAAAAAAAAUCAUAAAUUAUAAAAUUUAAAAAAAGAUAAAUAGAAUGUAUUUCCUGAAUUAGUCAGUAAAACCAACCACAUAGUCAUAGCAACAUAUAAAAACCUAAUCAAUCAAAAUACAUGAUUAGACUUAGACCAUGGAAAUGCCUUUAAAAAAAUCUAAGACUUAGGCUUAGACUCUAAGAAAUGUAGACUUUGACUUAUAAUUAUAAUUAUAAUAUAUAAGAUACAAGCAAUAAUACUAAUAAUAGCACUAAUACUAUUGCUAUCAUCAAUUUCAAUAUUAAUUAAAAUUAAUUCAAUUAAAAUUUUACGUUAAACACAUUAAAAGUUCUAGUUCAAAACAAUCCACCAUGCAGCUAAUUACCCAUAAUACUUUUUUUUUAAAUUGCCAAACAAGCGAUAAUAAACCUUAUUUGGCUAAAUUCCCAGCCGACUGCGUAUAACCCUGAGAGUUAUACGCAGUCUGCUGUGAAUAACCCUCAGGGUUAUGCGCAGUCGACUGCGUAUAACUCUCAGGGUUAUACGCAGCCGACUGCGUAUAACGCUUCCCAUUUAUUAAGCUAACCUAAAUUUACAAAAUAAAACUAUUCACUUACAGUACAGCAAUGAACUAGUACUGGUAUAAUGCUGGAAAGGUGUACACACGUACAAUAAAUAGAAAAUACAAAUCUACUGUCAGUACAGUAUGUCAGUCUAUUAGUCUGGCUCUCGAAUCAUAUAGCAAUCCCAAUCUUUGUCUCUCUCUUUGUCUCACAGUCUCAACCACUCCCUCUGUCAAUCAGCUAAAUUUAUAGUCUUUCUUAGAGACUUUUCCAGAAAGGGUCCAGAAGCAUUGUAUCUGUAUCUAGUGCCAUCUUGUAAGCUCUACUAAGUUUACAUGUGGUCAAGGGUGAGAAUUUAUAAUUAGGCCACAUGCAUCGUGUUGCCAAACUUGGGGUCACUUAGAAUUCAUGCAGGAGAAACAAGGCAAGUUUCUACCUUAACAACUAUUAUGAGAGUGGUGUCUAAAUUAUGUGACAAAUUUGUGAUGAUGGUAGUGGAGGGGUUUAAAGUCUGCCAAAAUAGCAUGAUAUUUUUUGAUCCAUGGGUCAUUAAAAUUUGUAGUUCGGCUUUGCUUUUCAAUAUCAGAUUCUGAUGAAAUAUCAACAAGAGUUGUUAUAUUCUGUGUUCUGACGUCAUUAUGUCUAUUAAUAUUCUGGCUUUUUUAUUAGCAGGACAGGUGGUUGAUAAGUAAUUUGUAAUUUUUUCCAUUUUUCCCAAAUUUAAAAAAAAAAUUGGUUACAGUUAGCACCCAUUGACAGUGGCAUAGCUAGGGUUAGUGUUACCCAGGGCGAGCCAAGCUUUUUGUCGCCCUCCUCCAACAAAGCAACCUGCAUGCAUAAUUUUAAUGAUUAUUUCCCCCAACCUGCUAUACUGGAAAGGGCGGUGCAAGAGGCCCAAACAUAAAUUUGUCAAAAGUUACUAGGAAAAGUUGCCAGUAUGCAGUGUGGGUGCCGUCAAUGACAAAAAAACCCUAUUAGUCUAAUUACCCCUUAGUAGGCUCUAGGUGGUAAAGGUGUAGUUGACGGCAUGUGUAGUUUAAGGUGACCAGACCAAGAAUAAUUAUGAUAAAUUUACCAUUCUUCACCCGAGCAUUAUUCGCAUCAUAAACCAAAUUUAACUACCGAUAUUAUAUAGUUAAGAUGAGAUAGGGCCUAUAUUAAAUUGAAAAUUUACAUUCAUUUUCAUUAAAAUUCAUCUCAUAAGGUUCAUAAUAAAUAUAAAAAUAGAAACUCAUCUUUGCUGAUACACCAAGAUGAACACUGGGGAAAAAAGACGUGGUUAUUGUUAAAAGAGCUGUCUUUUGAUUGGUUGAAAAAAGAAAUGCCUGUGUGCUAUUCAUUUCUAUCAUGUUGCCAUUUUAUGGGACAUUUCAACAUAAUUUUCUUGGGAGGCGAGACCUCUUCCCCCAGUUUUAAUACAAAAGCAAGAAACAAUUACUUUUUAAUACGGAGCUAAGGCCAUUGACCUGGGGAACCUCCAUGACCUUUGUACUGUGGAAGACAUCGCCAUCGGUCUUUCAGCUAACAAAAUCUUAUAGGCAUAGAGAACUAACUGACUUGCUUUUGCUCUUUUGAUGGCUGAGAUUAGCUGAUGAACUUAGUUGUUCAUCUCAUGUCAAAUGUUGAAGUUUCAAAGGUAGUGGGCUAAAUGGCUAUUAUGCCAAUGUCACCAUUAGCAUUUGGCCUGCAUUAAAUAUUCCAGUUUAAAAAAUCUCAUUUUUUAAAAAUGAAAGCCAAAUGGUUGGCAAUAACAUAGACUAAUGGUAACUGCUGUCCUGUCAAUUGAUUCAAGCUUCAACAUACCUCGUUCUACCAUUUUAUUUAGUUAGACAAAGCUGCCAAAGGUAUUAAAGUUAACAUUGUUAUUUACCUAGACCUAUAAAUAAGGCUCUCUAUAUUAAAAUGUUUAAAAUCUUUAAAAAUAUGGUCAAAUGCUUGGCCCCACCAAGAAUACAAAGCUUGUUACUAACUAUGCCUAAUCAUAUUUACAUUACAUAUUAGUAAAUUUCUGUAAAUAGUUACUCUUAGGAGGGUCGUGAAUCUCCACUAUAUGUAUAUGGGCACGUAUGAGGCUCUAAAAAUAGUGAAAUAUCAUAGUGAUGUGUGCAGUUUUCCUCUUUAAUAUGAAUGAAAUGUUUCAUCUUGCAAUAUGCAUGCCUACUAAUUACAAUUUCCGAUAAAAGUUAGUAGUAAAAAUAUGUUCAGUUGAUAAAUAUACUAAUAUUUUCAUAGGCUAUCUAGAUUUGAAAUACAGAGGUCAGAAUUAUGGAUUGCAACAUGCCUUCACAACUAGACUUUUAUACAGACAUAAAAGUUGUCCUACAGGGAUAUAAUAAUGCUAAUGAGGUAAAUCUUUUUCUUAAAAAAUCAAUAGGUUGGUGAAAGCACACCUACUUACUUACACAAAUAAAAAUUAGUGUUUUGUAUUGAUAUUAGAUAUAACUUUAUCAUUCUAACUGAAACAACUUCUUUGUCUCUUAAAUGAACAGGCAUCUGGAAACGUGUAUGAUAUCCUUCUGAAAACGUUAUCUAAUCCUGACAUUGAGGUAAAUACUUUUUAACAUGUAUGAAUUUAUUUUCUUCACUGCAUAUGGUUGAUUAUUAUGUCUUCGCAGUUAUUUCCCUACUGCUUUUAAAUCAGCUUUGGGGGGAAUGAAACAAAAACUGAAUUUGGGUUCACUGUUUGGGGGUCUUGAAGGGCCAUGUAAUCAAAAUUUACUGUACUGAAAUUUAGAAAUAAAUGUUUUCAAAUUAUUGAAAUGGGAGAGUUAAUAAUAGAAAAGAAGAUUGGCAGGAUAAAUGAAAUGACACAUGCAUGCACAUCGAAUCAUCAGUUUCUUUCAAAUCCAACAAUCCCUAUUUACGCAUUUCAUUUAUAAUUUUUAAUGUUUGCAAUGUGACCCCUUUUUUAUGUUUUUUUAGUGACUUGCCUAGUUUUAAGUUUUAUUCAUUUUAUUUCUUCUUCACUGAAUAAAAGCAUGCAAGUAAAAUACCAUUUUUAAACAAGGUAUAGGGGCUAACACUGAGUACUUAUUUCACAGAGCUCUUUUAGAACAAAAAAGAAAAGCAACAUCAUUACCAUGUUGAUAUCAGAGCAAAGCCAUAAUAAUUGGCUGUGAUUGACAAAUGAAUCCUUGUUACCCUCAUACUUAUAUGCCAAUAUUAUUAUAGUUAGGUAAUGAGGGAUAAAUAUUUUAUUUUAACAUUUUUUUUUCUUAAAAAAUUAUAUACAGCCUGAUACCAUAAUUCACAUAUUGGAAGAUCUUGAACAAGUGAUUACUCUGUUAACUCAAGAGCAUAAGGCAUUAAUAAAUGUUAUUUUGGUAAGUACUUGAGUAUCAUUUUGAUAUCAAACCUAAGGGCAAAUAGAGCUCUUAACAAUAAAAGCAUUGAUUUUUAUUAUGAAGAGAGCAAAUUACUCUCGCUAGGGCAUGUAAAGAUCACAUUGAUCCUUAAAUUACUUUUAUAAAUUUCUCAAUUCAUGACGGUUGUUAGAAUAAUCUGAAAUUUUCAAACUUUUAGUGUAGUUGUAUUUGCUACUAUUUUAAAAUGCAUAUAUUUGUUUUACAAAAUGAUAUUUUAUUUAUCUUCAGAAUUUGAAAUGGUUGGAUAAAGGACCAAAAAUGACUGCUGCAUACCAAGCUUUCAUUUUGAAUUUUUUAUCAGCACAUAUGUUUUACCUUAAGCCUAUAAUCAGAAUGUUGAUAAAAAAGUUUGUUCCAGGUAAUUCAUUGUUUUAACUGUGGUUUGUUUUAAUUCUUAUUGUUAAAUAGUAGAUUUUAAAUAAAUUGUUUUUUUUUUUAUUAGUAUAAAAAAAUAAGAUAUAUCCUUUCUACAUUUGUAUAGAUAUAAAUAAAGGAUCUGAGACUGAAAAUCAAGAGGCAGUGAUACUGAAAACUGAACAGGAUUUAUCACAUAUCCAUGAGCUUCUUAAAUCUCUUUCCCAACUUGUGCCCACGUAAGUGAUUGAUUUUAAAACAUUUGUUAACAUCAUUUGUUAGAUAUUUAGUGACUAUUUUUAAAAGUUGUAUAAAAAGGGUCCUAUGUGUUACAUGGCAGAGAUUGUAAUUUGAAUGUCUGGGUAUAAGGCUAUCUAUCAGAUAUAUAUAUUUAAAUGAGAUUAUUCCAUGAUGCCUCAAUAAUUUUCUAACUGCUUUAUUAAAAUUUAAUAAGAUCACAAUUUUCUUUGCAGAACAAGUAUUCUAAUUGUUCAGAUGUUGGAGGAACACUUUCCAUAUCUCAAUAAAAGCACAACCCAUUUUGAAUACUACACCCGUGGAGUGCUUGCUGUGAGCACUUACAUGCCAUCGCUACGUCUUGAGCUUCUAGAGCUGGUAGUAAAGAACAUGCUUAAAUUAGAUGUAAGUAUUUUAAAAGAUUAGCUUUUUGGUAUUUUAUGGUUAGGCACCUUUGCUAUUUCAAAAAUUUAUUAUUUAUUCUCAUAAACUUACUCUGAAAUACUAAUCCCCAUAGUGCAUUUGUAUUGUAUUUACCUAAUUAGGUGAGGUCUUCAAGACUAGAUAUAAACACUGUGAUCUGUGUACCUGAGGAACCAGAAGAAAUGGAGGAUACCAUAUUUGAAAUGGCAAGUUUGAAAAAAAAUGUUUUAUAGUAUAUUUUUCAAUUGUAAACAAGAAAAGAUCUUCAAAAGUCCUUUUAGAGAUGUUAAGACAAUAUUUGGGAUUAUUGUUUAAAAAUAAAUAUUCUAUAUGUCUCUGUGUAAAACAUGUAUAUACAUAAAUAUUUAUACAUGACUUCUCUAAUACUGUUUACACAGGAUGAUGGUACAGAGAGUAGAGCCCCAAGUCCCAAACUUGUACCUGUUGCAGAAAGACUUGCUUCUGCUUUGCCUCUUGCUGGAUCACUGGAUGCCAUGAUGACUUUAACAUUUCAGUACAUUCGGGAAAUUUGUUUUGUCAAAGGUAAAGAAAGGCUCAUGCCUAGCAUGCCCAUACAUAACACAGCAUGAAUAACCAUAUGAUAUAUCUUUGUCUUUUAAAUAAGUAAUAUUCUUUUAGGAAGUUUUGAUGAUGAUCAUUUUCUUGUGAAAAGAAUUGAUUUGAUGUGGUGUGAAUAUACAGCUCCUGAAACAUACAGCUGACAAGAUAAUUUGAAGCUUCAAUAGAAAACUAAUGCAACAAAAAUAACCUUUAAAAAUAUAUUUGGCUUGAAUAUUAUUUACAUAGAUAUAAGUUUUUCAUUCAGCUUUAAUUAGAGGGUUCUAAAGGGUAUAAAAACUGCUUAAAGUUUAUCUAACUACUUCCGCCAUUGUAAUUAUUUUAAAGUGUUCAAUUUUUCAGUUGCAUACUUUCUAGUAACAUUUUACUAAUUACUUGGUAUACAGUGACAUUUUUCAAUUAAUUUUUUUUUUUUUAAAGAUAAACUUGACUGGGAUGUUACCAAGAAACUGUACAGAGAAUUUCUGUCCAUAUUUGACAAAUUCAUUUUCCCAACUCAUGCUUCCUGUCAUGUGCAGUUUUUGUUAUUUUACAUUUGCAGUUUCAGAGAAGUAAGUAAUUUAAAAUGCCAAAAGGAAAUUACAUAUUAACAAUAACAAGAUGACAGUGGCAUAUAGGUUGAUGAGAGUUGGGGCAAACUUCUUCUUUUUAUUUAAUGCAUGAACCCUGAUGAAAUAAUGUUUCAAUAAGACUUUUAAAAGUGUUAAGCUUCACCACGAGCCUAACUGUCCCAGACAAUGGACCCUUUACAGGAGUGUUAAUCGCAAAGGCCUGAUUUGUUGAAUAGUAAAUUUCUAAAUGCCUUUUUUCAUUUUAUUGUGAUACAAAUCACCAUUUCAGUAUCAGGACUACUAGUUGUAUGCCAGACUUAUUCAUCUUUGUUUGAUUAUAAAUAAUACAUUGUUUGAGCGCUUCCUGUUCUGAACAUUGGGCAACAUUGACUUUAUUGAGAUUUUCAAACACAUAUUUUAUUUUUAAUUAUCUGUUGUUUCUUGUUUUAUAUUGUCUGCUGAAGGAGGCAUCUAGCCGAAAAAUCAGUUUAAUUGUCCUGUCUUUUCUUUUUAAGCCUAAACAUUUCUUGUUUUACUUCUUAUUUAAUUAUUAGUAAGUAAAUCUUACACUUGAGUCAUUCUUUUAGAGAUUCUCAUUAUAAGAGCAAGUAAAUCAUGUUAAUUAUUUAUAAGCUGAUGGCUAUUCUGUUUGUCUACUAUAAUAAUAGUAUAGAAUCUUUUAAAUAUUUUUGAAAACUUUACUUUCAGGCAUUGGCCGAGGGUUUUAUUGAUUAUUUAUGGAAAAAAGUAACAGAACCAUCUAUACAGAGCAUUUACAGACAGACGGCAGCAUGCUUUAUUGGAAGUUUUCUCACAAGAGCUACAUAUAUUUCUGUCAAGUAAGUGAUGUAUUCUAUUUAUGAAGCAAAGCUGAUGUGUUAGUGGAUUUAUUUUUGUUUUCAGAAUUAUCAUUCUUAGUUAUAUUAAGACUACAUACAAAUUAACGGUAUUGGAAUUGUGCACAAUUUAACUGCAUAUCACAACUGACAUUAUUCGAUUCUAUGAUUGUUAAUAGCAUUGCUAAAGAAGUGAUGGAGUUAAUGAUGAAAUGGCUUCACCAGUAUCUGGAUCAAACAGUUGAGCAAGGAUUGCAUGCAGACAUAGCUCACCAUGGGACGUUCUACUCAGUCUGUCAAAGUGCUUUUUACAUUUUUUGCUUCAAACAUAAUGAUUUCAUGCAGUUAAAGAAAGGUGGGAAUUUCUGAAUCAUUAUUUGCAAAUGCUAUAUAAGAAAAUUAAUUAGAUCUGAAAUACUUUUCUGAUUGAUUGCUUUCAUUGCUAUACAAAAUUAAUUUUAAUUUAGAAAGCCAUUUUAUUAGGAAAUUGAAAAAAAAAAAAAAAUUAAAACCAUUUUAUAAUUGAUGCAAGAACAUGAUUUGUAUAAUAUUGUAAGUAUAUUAAUAGCUGUCAGAUGUGUGUUUCUACCAUUUUUUCAGGUCAAAAGUGGGCUGAGUCAUUAAACUUUCAACGCAUUGUUACAAGCAAGCUCAACCCUCUGCGUGUCUGCAUCCCUAUCAUUGUCAGAACUUUUGCUUCUGCUACAAGGUAUUUUGUUGCCUUUCUACGAUAAUAUGUUAAAUGUAACAUUUAAUCAUCAUAAAAAUUGUAAAUGACAAUAAAUAUUUCAUUAUAUAAAAUCAAAUAUGAAAAGAGUUGGGGCUUACUGCCAUAGAAUGAGUUAUGUUCCAUUUAUGUCAGGGAUGUUCCCUGAAAUAAAUUAGGCCCUUAUGGUUUUAUGAAAAUGCAUACAAAAAUUUCUUUGUAAAAUGUUUUAUAUAACCAUAAGGACAUUACGAAAAUAAAAAGGUACGACACUUCUGACAAAGAAUGGCGUGAACAGACUACAAAUAUACUUAGAAAUAAAACUUGUCUUUAAAUAUUUAGUGAGGUACAAUUUUAUUGAUGUUUCAUGACUUAUUAGCGGGAGUAGUCUUUAUUAGUGAAAACAAUGUUCAACAUGUAGAUUUUAGGGUUCUUAUCUUAAGAUUGACUGUACCGGUAGCUAUUUAUUUUAAUAAUAUGAAACUAAAUUGUGACUUAUUGCUGGAAACAAUAGGAUUUAGUGUUUUACUUUAUCAAAAAAGGCAUCAACCUUGCUUUAAGAAAACAAAUUUAGUCACUUGUGUGCAUGUGUGGAAAUAAAUAGCUUACAAAGUUUCAGUCUGGUCAUCCCAGAAUUAGGAAAAAUUAUGUAUGAUUUUCUUCUCCGAAAUUUUAAAUCCUGAUAGAAAGAUGACUUAAUAAUCUUCUUCUUCAAUAUUAUUUUCAGGAUGCAUCAGUUAGCCUUCUGUGAUACAAUCAUAGAAAGAAAUAAUCGCUACAGUCUCCCACUUACAUCAUCAUCAUAUUCUAUUGAUUUACCCGGAUCAAAACAACUGGAGUCUUAUUUUCCCUUUGAUCCCUAUCUGUUACCAAGGUAAUUGUAGUUAAUAUGGAGGAAAUCAAAUUUCUUACAUUUGAUCCCAAUUAAUAUGAGUAAGAAAGAAUUAUUACCAGAUUUUGAAAUUUUCUCUAAUAUUUAAUAAAUUACAGAAAGAUACAAGAAGUUUCAAAUGUAGUUAUCAAAAUGAAAAUAAUUACGAUUUCGGCUUACAAUGUAUGAGUUUGAAAUUUCUUCAACAAUUUUAUGGCAAGACCUGUCAGAACUGUAAUUUUUAAGGUUGAAAAAAUAAAUUCCAAAAAUUUUUAUGAUUAAAUAAAAAACCAUUUUCGGUUGUUAGUUUUAGCUCCUUUCUACAUCUGGCAGUGAACUGACAGAGAAAUAGAAUUGGUUCCGAUCAUCCUUAAUUACCGGUAUAUUACAUAUGUACUGAGAGGGGAGGGUUAGUUUUGAGUUACGCAUGGCAGACCUGUUUACUCUUAAGAUUUUGGUGUACAAUGUACGAUUUUGAGGUGUAUACAUUAUAUAUAAUGUAUUAUUAUUUUUUUACUAUUAAGAUGAUGUAUUGAAUGAUUUUCUAAAUAUUUUUAAGCACUAAAAUAGCACCACCUCAUUUCACAAUGAUGGUGAUGAUCAUCUUGUCGUUGCUUUGUGUUUUUACAAUGAACUCACUUGAUAUGGCAACAGUAAUAGUGGCAAAUUUAGUCAAUUCUCGCUUUUGUUUGCUUCUGUGCUGUCUGAUGUAAUUUUGUGACAUAAUGAUUGUGUUCAUCCAAAAUAGUACAAUAUCCUUUCAGAAUAGUACUUUACCAUCUCAGAAUCUUACAAUACACUGAAUAAAUAAACUUUCAGUACAGGUAUAAUGUAUACAGUAACCAUGCCUAGUUCAUGUAUAAAAAUGGACAAUCUCUACAGUAAAUGACUAACAUUGAUAUAUUUAAAUAAAUAUUCCAAAUAAAAACGUGCCAGUUAUUGCUAGAAGAAGGGGUGGGAAGUGGAAAUCAAGGGCGCCUGCAGAAUUUUUUUAAGCGACAGUGGGGUUUAGUGGGCUAGAUUAAAUAUAUGCUGACUGUAGAUUGUCCACCCCUGGUCUAAACAAAUAUAUUUUGAAAGCAGGUGUUAUCCUGAUAUUAAAACUAAAUGUGCAUUACUUUAUUUAUUAAAUCUUAUCAGUGCUAGAUUUUUUUCAGAAAACAUUCAGUGUAUAAUCGUAAAUUUUAGCCGUGGUAGUAUUUAGCUAUUGAAAAGAUUAAUUUAAGUUUUUAAGAGAUCAUUAUUUGCAAAGUGUUAUACAAAAAUUAACUUCAGUUGUUUUAUGGCUUUUAUUUCUAGAUCCAUUUCUCAUGUUGCAAGCUUGUACUUUGAAUUCAGAGGCAGUUUGCCAGAUGAAGAUGAGGAAGACAAUGAGGUAUGGAUUUCAAUAAAUACAUUGAAAUAAGUACAAAAACAAAAGUAAAUCAUUGUAAGGAUAAUGAUACUAAUGUAUACAUCUGUUUGCCUGCAGUUUCAUCUGAACAAUGAGUGUUUUUUGUAAAGGAAGUGAAUUUGCAUCUCAUGGCAGCUUAAAUAACUGCUCAUUGAUAACUUAAUUCUACUUAAAUGAAAUAAAAAUUUUGUUAAUAGAGUGUGCACUCAAUUUUUAAUUUACAAACACCUUCCAUCAUUUUGUUUCAUCAGACUCCCCAAAUUUUCCCAUAAUAUGCAUUUUUUCUUUUUGUUUACAUAUACCUAGUAAAAAUGUGGCUCUUUGUAAUGUUUGAGAGUAGACAAAAAAAAUUUUUCUCUACUAUUUAAUAAAUUACGGAAAGAUACAAGAAGUUUCAAAUGCAGUUAUCCAAAUGAAAAUAAUUAUUUCAUGUCUAAAACAAACAAAUUUCAUCAGUGUGACACUUUUCAUAUGACUUGUAGUUAGUAAAAUGCCAUGUCAUCUCUUUCAACUUUGAUAGCAAUGUGUCAUAAUUUGCAAAUGUAUAUAGAAUGUCUCUUUCCUGAAUUUAAAGAUAUAUAUUUAAACAAAUUUACCUUUCCACUCAAAAUUUCUUGGUAAUUUCUACAUACAUAUUUUGUCAUGAGAAUUUUUUUUUUUUACAAGGCACACAUGUUUGACUUUAUAAUUUAAAAAAUAAAAUGACUUGAAAACAUGAUGUACAGUAAACAGAAGUCAUAUUUACCAGAGCUAGUUUAUAUUCAAAUCCAACUUUAUAUUGUUUCAAUGUUUAUAGGAUAUUGAUGACUUUUUACCGGAUGAAGAUGAUGACAAGGAGGUGAUUCCAGACCCACUCUCAAAAAGCCCAGCAGAUUUUCUUCAAUAUGGAAUAUCACCAGGGUUCACAAAUGGAUGAUAAUUGUUUUUUUUUUUUUAUUGGGUGUUUCCUGGUACUAAACAGUUUGUUCAGUAGCCUCAUCACAAUUGCUCUAUAUUUAAUCCAAUAUUGUAAAUAUUGAUGUUAUUGGGGCUAAAUUAAAUUGGGCCCUUGGCCUCCUUUUCCUGGAAACAAACCUAGUUU